AUUUUCGAUUCGACGUGGAUAAACAACAGGUAAACUAACAGCAAGAAGACAAUUACUGAUAAGGCAGAGCAUGUAACACAGUCGGGUUAAAGGUACUAAACUUGCUGUGUGCAAGUUUGAGUCUUUGUUUCCAUGGAGACAUUGUUAUCAGACUCGGAAAAUUACUAUGACAACCAUAGAAGGGGAAAUAGAUCACACGCUGUCAGAUACUCCAAGGUCAGAGUCUCCGACCUCGAGGAUGAAUCGGAUGAAAUUGAUGGAGACUUGGAAGGGGUGUCUUUGAUUCGGCGAGAAGCUGGAAAUGACCUUGAGGAUGACUACAAGGGGAAGACAUUCACUGUUCAGGAGGCUAUCGACUCUCUUGGCUUGGGACCUUUUCAGCUGAAACUCUUCGUAAUCUGUGGAUUGUUCACAGCAGCUGAUGCCAUGGAGAUGAUGUUACUGGCUGUGUUGUCACCUGUCCUACGAUGUGAGUGGCAACUUGAAAAAUAUCAAGUUGCUCUCAUCACCACGGUUGUGUUCAUUGGUAUGGGUAUAACAGCACCAAUCUGGGGAGCCAUGGGGGACAAGUUUGGUCGCAGAACUACAUUAUACAUGGUAAGCCUGUGGAUUGGCUACUUUGGACUGCUGACUACCUUCAGUCCCUCCUACAUUUGGAUCCUAAUACUCAGGAGCUUAGUUGGAGGAGGUUUAGCUGGGUCCCCACAGUCAUUUGCAAUACUGACAGAAUAUCUACCAUCAAAACACAGGGCCAAACUGCUGAAUUUAACACAGAUAAGCUGGGCGAUGGGGACAUCGUUUGAGAUCAUCGUUGCUGCCAUUGUUCUCCCUAGCCUCGGCUGGAGGUGGCUCCUCUUCAUCUCCGCAAUACCCAGUUUUAUCAUCUGUAUAGUCAUGAAGUUCCUGCCAGAGUCGGCCAGGUACCUAGUGGCAGCAGGCAGGAGGGAAGAGGCCAUCAAAGUGCUGGAGAAGGCUGCCAGGACAAACAGUGCCACCAUACCGGAAGGUCGACUGGUCUGCAGCUCCCCUGUGACACAGCAAGGGAAGAUGAGUGACCUGUUCUCUCCCAUGUACAGGAAAACGACCCUCCAGCUUUGGGUGCUCUGGUUCGUCACAGCGUUUUCCUAUUAUGGCAUGGUGCUGGCUAGUGCGGAAAUACUUCAAGUCCACAACGCUAAAAAUGAAGGGGGAGAGAACUGUUCCUGUAACCUUCUGGAAUACGAUGACUACAUCACAAUGAUCAUAUCAACGAUUGGUGAAUUCAUUUGUCUUCCUGUAAACAUGAUUCUGUUUGAUAUCAUCGGGCGACGUAAGACCGGAGCGAUAGAUUUGACGGGAUGUGCAGUCUUUUUUAUUUUACUACAGAUUAACAUGCCGCAACACCUCCUCACUGGCAUCAUGUUACUCGUCCGCGGCUUCUCCGCCGCAAACUUCAACUUUGUCUACAUCUACACUGCAGAGGUGUACCCCACCACAGUUAGGACCCUGGGAAUAGGGACAGCCUCGGCCUGGGCCAGAGUCGGUGCAAUGUUAACACCAUUUGUUGCUCAGGUACUUCUCGACCAGUCAUUGUCCGCAGCUGUAUGGGUGUACGGGUCGUUAGGAUUGAUAGCAGCUAUCUGUUCCUGGACUCUACCGAUAGAAACCAAGUCGCGUGUUCUUCCUCAAUCAGUAAAACUGGAAGAGGAAGAAGAAUCCUGACCACACAGAAAGUAGAUAUUUUGGUACCAUGGUAUAAUGAAGCUCUCCUGUCC